GCUCUGGUGUCCCCCCCCCGCGCGCGGCUCGGCGCACGUGGGUCCCGGCGGCGGGGCCGGCCCCGAUCCAGAGCCGGGCGCCGUCCCCGGCCCGGACGGGCCCCGCGGCCAUGUUCGCCGAGGAGAAGUGGGACGAUGGGGCGGAGGGCCCGGGCCGGCCGGGUUCCCCGGGGAAGCGGCGGCGGCGGCCGGAGCAGUGCGCGGCCAAGCCCGGCCAGGACGGGGAGCCCGCGCGGAAGCGGCCCCGGGGGCGGCGGCGGAGCGGGCAACGCCCGGACACAGACGCGGCGGCCCAGCGGCCCCCGCCGAGCGCGGAGCCCGGUGCGGCGGGGCCGGGGCCGGGGGAGGCGGCGCGGGGUCUGAGCGGGCGGCGGCGGCGGCGGCAGCAGAAGAAGAAGGACCGGCAGCAGAAGAAGGACCGGCAGCAGAAGGACCGGCAGCAGAAGGGCGAGCCCCCGGCGGGGCCCGGCGGGGAGCGGGACCCGGAGCCGCCCGUCGCGGAGCCGGCGCCGUCGGGGCGGUCGGCGGCGCUGCGGGCUCGGAUGGAGGCGCGGUUGGUGUCGGCCCGGUUCCGGUACAUCAACCAGCAGCUCUACACCUCCACCAGCCGGGAGGCCGCCCGGCUCUUCCGCAGCGAUCCCGAAGCCUUCCACAUCUACCACCGCGGCUUCGCCCGGCAGGUGGAGCGCUGGCCCCAGAACCCCCUGCACCGCAUCGUCCGCUACCUGCGCCGCCGGCCGGCCACGCUGGUGGUGGCGGAUUUCGGGUGCGGAGACUGCACGCUGGCCAACAGCGUCCGCAACAAGGUUCACUGCUUCGACCUGGUGCCGCUCAGCCCCCUGGUCACCGUCUGCGACAUGGCCAAGGUGCCGCUGGCGGCCGAGUCGGUGGACGUGGCAGUGUUCUGCCUGGCGCUGAUGGGCACCAACCUGCAGGAGAUCCUGGAGGAGGCCAACCGCGUGCUGAAGCCGGGGGGUACCCUGAUGGUGGCUGAGGUGGCCAGCCGCUUCGAGGACAUCCGGGCCUUCAUGAGCGCCAUGGCUCAGCUGGGCUUCAAGAGCGUCUCCAAGGAACUGAAGGGUUUCAACUCGCUCGAUGAUCUCCUCCACGUCAAAGGCAUCACCACCCGCAUCCUGGAGCUGAACAGCCAGCGGAUGACUUGCAGGAGGCGGCCGAGCAGUGAGGAAGCUGCGAGGGUGAGCCCCACUCUGCAGGGGGACGGUAAAGCCCCUGUGCCUCAGGUGGUGGCCGAGGAGGAGGAGGAGGUUUCGGGGCCCUGGGAGCCGGAGCGCUCUGGGAAGGGGAGCCCAGGACCGGGACUGGAGGCUGAUGGCUCCAGAGGGCCGGGAGCACAGGAGCCCGUCAGGUCCACCGUCUGCGGGGAGCAGGAGGAGGAGGAGGAAGAGGAAGAGGAAGAGGGGAGCUGCUACAGCGAGGAAGGGGAGGACGGCAGCAACGUCUACUUCUACUACACCAUCGGGGAGCGCUGGAUAGACUACCUGCAGCGGACAGAGGAUGGUGGCCUCCUCCGCCACGUGCGGCCCAAGAUGAAGCGGAAGUCGGAGAACGGCCUGGAUGGCAGGGCCCUUUCCCCCGGCAAGAAGCUGUGCAAGGGCUCCGAGUACAGCAGGACGCUGGGUCCCUGCAUGCCCAGUCCCACCACCACCUUCGGGGACCUGCGUAACGCCAAAGCGGGCCAGGCGCGCCGCCGCCGCAUCCCCUCGGUGGCGCCUCCUCCCGAGCUGCAGGACUGGCUCCGCACCUUCCAGCGAUGGAGCGGCCCGGAGAAGCUGCUUGCUCUGGACGAGCUCAUUGACCGCUGCGAGCCCUCCCAGAUCAAGUACAUGAUGCAGGUCAUCGAGCCCCAGUUCCAGAGAGACUUCAUUUCCCUGCUGCCCAAGGAGCUGGCACUCUACGUCCUGUCCUUCCUGGAGCCUCGGGACCUGCUCCGUGCUGCCCAGACCUGUCGCUACUGGAGGGUCUUGGCUGAAGACAACCUGCUUUGGAGAGAGAAGUGCCGUGAAGAAGGCAUCGAGGAGCCCUUGAACCUGCGGAAGCGGCGCCUGCUGAGCCCCGGAUUCAUGUACAGCCCCUGGAAAUUUGCCUUCAUGCGGCAGCACAAAAUCGACAUGAACUGGCGCAGCGGGGAGCUAAAAGCCCCCAAGGUGCUGAAGGGACACGAUGACCACGUUAUCACCUGCCUGCAGUUCUGUGGCAACCGCAUCGUCAGCGGCUCGGACGACAACACGCUCAAAGUGUGGUCCGCCGUCACGGGGGAGUGCGUGCAGACGCUGGUUGGCCACACCGGGGGCGUGUGGUCUUCCCAGAUGCGGGACAGCAUCGUCAUCAGCGGCUCCACGGACCGGACGCUCAAAGUUUGGAACGCAGACACGGGGGAAUGCGUGCACACGCUGUACGGGCACACGUCCACCGUGCGCUGCAUGCACUUGCACGGGAACAGGGUUGUGAGCGGCUCACGGGACGCCACUCUGCGUCUCUGGGACAUCGAGACUGGGCAAUGCCUGCACGUGCUGAUGGGGCACGUGGCCGCCGUGCGCUGCGUGCAGUACGACGGGCAUAAGGUGGUGAGCGGCGCUUACGACUACACCGUCAAAGUGUGGGACCCCGAGAGCGAGAGCUGCACUCACACGCUGCAGGGACACACCAACCGCGUCUACUCCUUGCAGUUUGACGGGACGCACAUCGUCAGCGGCUCUCUGGACACCUCCAUCCGAGUGUGGGACGUGGAGAGUGGGAACUGCCUCCACACCCUGAUGGGGCACCAGUCGCUCACCAGUGGCAUGGAGUUACGUGACAACAUCCUUGUGUCUGGCAACGCUGACUCCACAGUCAAGAUCUGGGACAUCAAGACGGGCCAGUGCCUGCAAACGCUGCAGGGGCCCAGCAAGCACCAGAGUGCCGUCACCUGCCUGCAGUUCAGCUCCAAGUUCGUGGUGACCAGCUCGGACGAUGGCACCGUCAAGCUCUGGGACCUCAAGACGGGCGAGUUCGUGCGCAACCUGGUUGCGCUGGAGAGCGGGGGCAGCGGGGGCGUGGUGUGGCGCAUCCGCGCUUCCAACACCAAACUGGUGUGUGCCGUGGGCAGCCGCAACGGCACCGAGGAGACCAAGCUGCUGGUGCUGGACUUUGACGUGGACCUGAAAUGAACCCGGCCGGGGCAGGCUGGGCUUGGAGGAUCCCGCGGGCUGGGCGUCGCGGCCGGGCUUGGUGGGGCUGGCCCCAGAGCAGGCGCUGGCCCCCCCGCGGGCUGUAAAUACUGUUUGCAGCUGUCUGGGCCUUAUUUAUAUAUGUGUGAACUCCCCGUGGGGAGCCUGCGCCCGGCUGGGCACUGUACAGAGGAAGCAGCAUGUUUUGUACACACUAAUAUAUCGAUUUAUUUCUGUA